AUGGAGGAAGAAGUUCCUCCCGAUCCUCCUCCACCACCUGACCCUCCUAAUAAAAUCAACCAAUAUGAAUGUCAAUCUCAACGUCCAAAUGAACUUGCCUCAGUUCAACUCCAAAAAAUAAUUCUAAAUAAACCUAGUCACAUCAAAUUCUUCACGGAUGGCUCGGUUGAUGGUGAAGGAUCAGCAGGCUUUGGUGUCUUUAGCCCAGAGAUCAACUAUUCUUAUACCAGUAGACUACCUAAUUAUACCCAAAUAUGUGCGGCUGAGAUUGUCGCAAUUAAUCAUGCUCUCCAAAUUAUUUUGAAAAAUGGGAUUAAACAAGCAAUCAUCUGCUCGGACUCUAAAAGUGCCAUACAGAAAAUAGGCAGAUCAACCUAUUCCAUGGAAACAGAACACUCAUCGUUCAUGACCAAGAGAGGCAUCAUUGAAGCGAAAGAAAAUACCGUUAAUAUUAGUCUGGCAUGGAUUCCAGGACACUCGAAUAUUAAAGGGAACAUGGUGGCUGAUAAACUAGCUAAUAUAGGUAGAACCUUAAAUGUAGCUGCUGGUAUCACUCUUCACUAUUCCAACUUUCUACCAGAUAUCAAGCAUUCCAUCUGGAAUCGGUGA